AUGUCUCGACAAGACGCUGACGACCUCAUCGUCGAGGCUUUGAAAUUUUUCAAAUGGCAUUCAAAGUCGACUGUUGCAUUCGACGAAUAUCUGACACUGAAAGAGGCACAUCCAAUGAUAGCGGAUACCGUCUGCUUUCCGAGUGCUCACAUCAAUCAUCUUACCCCCCGGACUCUCGAUAUCUAUCUGGUCCAGGAGGAAAUGAUGAAGCAAGAUAUGCCAGCGAAGGAAAGAAUCGAAGGUCCUACACGCCGACGAUGUCCAACUUUGCUCCGCCGAACAAGCUUCAAGGCUUUAGAAGAACGAGUCCAGUUUUAUGCUUCGAGCCACGCAUCAGUCGAUGGAACACAUACUGCCCGGUUUGGAGAGAUUGGACAACGUGGUGCAGCUGCCACUUGCAAGGGUCGCCACAUCUAUGAUCGGCUUUUAUCACUUGCAAUGAAACAGGCAGCGGGGAAAGAUGCAGCUGAAAUGCCCCUGUCUUCUUCUGAGUUCGAAAAGAUCCUGUUGAUGUCAUUCUCGAGCGUUCCUGAUGAUUGGUCCGAACUUCGUCAACAGGGUUUGGUUUAUUUCCGGUAUCAGAUUACCUCCAAGGGUCGACAAUAUACUCACAGGCGAUCGGGACAACUUAAUUCUCGGAUUGAACUCGAAAAAGUUGAUAUCGCUAGGACUGAUUGA